CUUCAAGCCGGCAGGCUAUUUUUCGGGUUCCCUAGUUCACCUACAACUUCGUGUGCAAAUCGAAAGUGAAAAAAAAUCAUGUUUUCUCUGGUACACUACGUUUUCGAUGAAGCUGCCAGGAUCUGGGACCUAAGAGACAAGCGAACAGAUGGAUGGCUACUGACGGAUUCUCCGCUAACACCAACAUUGAUUUGCCUGGUAUACGUGUAUGCUGUUCAAAUACUAGGGCCCAAACUUAUGGAAAAUCAAGCAGCUUACAAGUUGAGAGGCUUACUUGUGAUAUACAACGUAUUUCAAAUAUCAUUCAAUGGUUGGAUGUUCUACCAUCUUUGCCGCUUAACGUGGUUCAACGGUUACAGUCUCAUGUGUCAGCCAGUGGAUUACUCGGACAACGAAGACGCCCUACAAAUAAUCACGCUCGGCUAUUGCAACUACCUGUGCAAAUUAAUCGAUUUUUUCGACACCGUAUUUUUUGUGUUGCGAAAAAAGAACAGCCAGCAAAUAACGUUCUUGCACGUAUAUCAUCACGCUACAAUGCCCCUCACUGUUUGGAUCGUUUUUCGAUACGUCCCGGGUGGACAAAGCGUUUUCAUGCCGACUGUCAAUAGUUUUGUGCACGUCGUUAUGUAUUUUUACUACCUAAUGGCAGCCAUGGGACCACGCUUCCAAAAAUAUCUUUGGUGGAAAAAGUACCUCACCGGUUUGCAGAUGUUGCAGUUCUUAUGUGUUGGAGUGCAUGGGUCACAGUUAUUGCUCAUCGAAUGCGAUUUCCCCAUCUUCUUCCCAUGGUUCUUCGUCACACAAUCCAUAGUAUUCUUCCUAUUAUUCAAAGCUUUUCACUCUAAAGCGUACAAGGUAACUAAAAUAGACAACAAAAAAAUUAAGUAAAUUGA